ACACACACAGAGAGAGAGCGGAGGGAGGAGAGAGAGGGAGGGCCGAUCCCACACAAGGCUUGAGCGCAGAAGGAAAAAACAAGAGUAUUUGCAGGAUAUUGUCACAGGAUGUGUUUGAGAGAAACGAGACGGAGGAGAGCAGCAUGAGUGUGAAGAGCAGCGGAGCAGCACACUACUGAGCAUCAUGGGAAGCUGUCUCUGGAUACUGAUGCUCGUGGUGAACCCGGUCCUGUCUUUCAGGCGCCCAGCGGAGCCGUCAGUCUGCCGAGUGGUCCACGAGGAUGUCGACUGCAGUGGUCUGAGCCUCAGAACUGUCCCGAAGCGAUUGCUGGCCUCCAUCCACCUCUUGGAUCUGUCUCGAAACCUCCUGCAGAACCUCACAGACCACGAGCUUCCAGUGCUCUCCAACGUCCAUCACCUGAACCUCCAGGCCAACAAGAUCCAGUUCAUCCAGCCAGGUCUGUUCCAGGACACUAGCCGCUUGGAGGUGCUGGACCUGUCGAGAAACUUACUGGACCUGUACGCGGCUCUGAAAACCUCCGUCGGGCCACUCAAAUCAGUCCGGCGUCUGGAUUUAUCCGGAAACGGUCUGUUCACGGACAUGAGCGAUUACUUCCUGAGCGACGCCCCGGCCCUCACACAGCUCUCUUUAGACGGGAACAGCAUUACUAAAAUAAGCAGACACACAUUCAACGGCUCUCAGGCUCUAACGAGCAUCGACCUGCACAAUAACGUCAUCAUAGAAAUCGAAGAAGGUGCUUUCGAAUCCCUCACAGGCCUCUCAGAACUCGAUCUUUCGGUGAACUCCAUUUCGUGCAUUACGGACUUCAACCUCGUUCGGCUCAGAACUCUGAACUUGAGCAAAAACAGCUUGACCAGUUUCCAGACCGUGGAUUCGGAGCUGGAGUUCGAGCUUCUGUAUUUGGACCUGAGGGAAAACAAGAUCCUCUACUUCCCCGUGCUUCCCCAGAAGAACAAGCUCAUGUACCUGGACCUCUCCAGAAACCUCUUGAGAAGCGUGAACUGCUCCGGUCCUCUAGAAGAGCUGGAGAACCUAAAGGCCAGCGGAUAUCUAUUCACAGACGACGACAAACCCCUCUGCCUUUGCGCCAAUCAGGGGCACCAGGAUCUCCCCAGUUUGCUCUACUUGGACUUGAGCCACAACCAGCUCAAAGCCAUUCCAUCAUCGUUCUUCAGCAGCAUGGCUUCUCUGGAGAGCCUAAACAUCAGCAAUAACUGUUUAGAGAGCUUCAGCGUGGAUUCAGAGGCUAGUCUGAACUCGCUGAAGACCCUGGACAUCAGCUACAACAAUCUGCAGAACUUGUCCUUCGGGCAAAACACGCUAGCUGCUUUGGAAGUCUUGCACCUUCAAGGAAACGCUCUGAGCACGCUAGACUCCGGGAUUUUCUUGAGGCUCCCCAGCAUACGAAGUCUUCACCUUCAACAGAACCUGUUUCGCAUCUGCCCUUCUCUCAAGAAUCAAACGCACGACUGCAUCCGACUGUCCUCUAUCUCGACCCUGAGCUAUCUGUACCUCUCGGAGAACAGUCUCGAGUCGGUUCCGCCGGGAGCGUUCGACGGAAGCCCGCUGCUUAUUCUGGAUCUUUCCCUGAAUGCCGACGUGGGCUUGGGCCCGUACUCUCUCUCAGGUUUGGAGCCCACCCUCGCCCAUCUUUCUCUGAGAGGAAACCAGCUCCGAACCCUAACUGUCGACUUCACCUCCUUCCAUAAGCUCAAGUCCUUGGAUCUGUCUGUGAACCGACUCACGGGGGUCUCUCUGUGGAGCGGAGAUUGCUCUGUGGAGUCCUUGAACCUGCAGAAUAACAGUUUGGUGACACUCGCCUCUGACGCGGUGCUGGCUCUGCAGAAAUCUCUCCGGACUCUAUACGUGGGCUCAAACCCCUUGAGCUGCUGCGGAAACCCGUACCUCCUGACUCUGCUCCAGCAGGACAGACUGAGCGUGCCGGACAUCUCGGCUGUGACCUGCUGGUUCACCAGAGACUCGGAGAGCGUGGAGAUCAGCGUGAGCGCCCUGCGAGCUGAGGACUGUGAGUCGCUGGAUGGGAAGGUGCUGUGGAUCAGCGUGAUCGUGGCGCUGGCGCUCGGACUGACGCUGGUGUCCGUGGUCACCUUGAAACUCUGUCACUCCCAAACGCACGGCUUCAAACGAGGCAUCAAGGCUUGAGCCAAAAGAAGGAAAAGAAACCGAAGCGCUCUCAGCUGACUGUGUAUGAUGCCGGGGUUUCGGUGUGUGAUGCGUGGGUGGAUCUGGAACAAGCUCCGUGUCACCGUCCUUUGCAUUCACAUUACUUGUGACAUUUGCUUUUUAAACAGAACUGCAUGCAACAUUCACAGAAUAUUCUGGUGAGGGUAAACCAGCCAGACGGCACAAACGACCCAAGGUUUUGUGCUAAUCUUCUACACUACACUUUCUGAUGCACGCACUUUAUCGAUGGUGACUGUGAAUAUGAGAGCGAAAUGCACAUGCGUAGCGUGGAAAGAUGAGGGUCGUAGAGCGAGACGUGAUUGCAGGAGUGUUUUUCAGGAUAGCACAAAACCAGGCAUACAUUGCACAGGUUUGCCGAAAUCCCAUUCAGUAGAUCAUGUUCCAUGAAGAUAAUGUAGAAACCAGAAUUAUAUCAAAGCAUAUUUUUUUAUUAGUAAUAUGCAUUGUGAAGAACUUAAUUUGGAGAACUUAGAUUUAUUUGCUCCCUCAGAUUUUAGAUUCAGACAAAUAUUAUCCAAUCCUAACAAACCAGACAUCAGUGGAAAAACAUUCAGAUGCUGCAUGAAUCUCAAUUUCAGUGCAUAGACCCUUAUGACUGGUUUUGUGCUCCAGGGUCACGCAUGUGUGUGUUGUGCAUCAGCCGGAGGAAGUGUUUUUACUGGAACACCUGCAGCAGAGCGUCUCUUUCCUGUUGUUGAGCUUGGUUUCCUUGGCCGUGAUGAUUUAUUCAUUCGGUCUCUGUCUCUGAGUCGAGCUGGACUGGUGAUCAGGUUUAGCUUUGCUCCGAACACACACAUGAACACACCGGCUGCGGUGUUUGUUUGGGGUCUUUUUUUUAGAUAUUUCCAGCCCGGAGCUGAAAUAGGUUUGACCCUGGAGUCUAUAUCAGGCGUGGAUAAAGAUAGGCAGGAAAUCCCUGUUAAAAGGAAGCGCUAUCAUCACCGCAGAUAUUAAUAGAGGCUUGUUUCAGAGCUGUUGACGUGCUCAUGACAGCAGGCCACGCCCCCUUCUGCUUUCAGAUACACAUGACAGAACCCACAGACGUCACACACACACACACACACACACACACACACACACACACACACGUCACCUAUGAAAAGCCACUACACACCAGUACUAUAUGAAGGAACUAUUACCACAACGGUUGUAUAAUGAACUACUGUGUAAAUCUAUUUAUAUAAGUAUUUUCCUAAAUAAAAGGUCUCUGUUA